AUGAAGCAGCAGAGGCUUCGAGCCGUGGAGGAUGUCUUGCGAGCGCAGCUUUCGGGGGAACAUCGCUACACCCAAAGCUUUUGGGAGGACGUCCAGGCCUUCGCCCAUGCCGUCGACUGGCGGAAAGACACCUGGAUUUGGAUGCUGUUCAUGGUGGAGCUCAUCGACCUGAUCUGCAUUUUCCUUAGCCGGAGGUCCUGGGAGCGUCUCUCCGUGAUCUUCAUGGCCAACACAUGCUGCCUGGCUGCCGCGGAGACUCUGAACAGACUCGCUGGCCAACACUGGAUGGCCUUUUCCAGCCAGGACUACUUCGACUCUUCCGGA